CGAGAAUCAGAGCAUAAACUAUUAACAAACACAGAGAGGUGAACCAAAAGACACACCAAUUACCCAAACCAGAAUCCAGCAAACUUCACCACCUUCUCCAAUCUCGCACAAGGACCACCACCUUUUUAUAUUUCUUAAACAAUUAAUGAGAAAAAAAUAAAAAACGAAGAAAGCGCGGAAUAGCAUUUUGUUCAAAACAGCACAUUUGCGUGCAUGAAAAUGCCCCAAAGGCAUCACCUUUCUUGAGCUAACAGCGGAGAAAAGGUAAUAAUUGGUCGUCACUAUUACUUUGCUCCCUCUGUUGUGCUUGAGGGAUUUCCGAUUCAUGCCCCGACUCAAAAUGGCGGAGGGUAUUUUUGUGGUGGAAAUUGAGAGUGAGAGAGAAAAUGGCGAUGGCAAACGCGAUAUUGCUGACGAUGGGCCGUUGGCCGCCGACGGAAUUGGUGGGAUUUCACGCAGCGACCCGUGUUCCAGUGUCUCAGGAUCUUCUGACAGGAACCUGCAAGUGAAAGAAUUUAAGUCCUUGGAGUUGUCAGCACAGGACAAUUCAGGUUCCCUCUCCAAUAAGUCAAUGGGGACUAUGAUAAAGGACAAACCAAACCACUCUCGUAUUCUUUUGGCUAAAAAGUUUUUCGACGAAAAAAUCUCUUUGAAAAAGAAGCUUAAAUUGUUGAAAAGAUUUGCCACCAUUCUAGGCAAUGGAACUGUUGAAUUCGAGAUUCCAGGAGAUAUUAGACAUCACAGCGUUGAUUUUGGCAUGAGAACAGAUUACGAGAGAGAGAUAUUUGUAGAAGGUGCAGAAGUUGAAGUUGCUCCACUGUUGCCUCCACUUCACAUCGUGAUGCUUAUUGUUGGGACGAGGGGAGAUGUGCAGCCGUUUGUUGCUAUCGGAAAACGUUUACAGGCAGAUGGUCAUAGGGUGAGACUGGCAACACACUCGAAUUUCAAAGACUUUGUCUUGUCUGCUGGAUUGGAAUUUUUCCCUCUCGGUGGAGACCCAAAAGUCCUUGCGGCUUAUAUGGUGAAGCACAAAGGGUUCUUGCCAUCUGGACGAUCAGAAAUACAUAUUCAGCGUCAACAAAUAAAGCAGAUCAUUUUCUCUUUACUUCCUGCAUGUACUGAUCCUGAUCCUGAUACGAAAAUUCCAUUCAAGGCAGAGGCAAUAAUUGCAAAUCCCCCUGCAUAUGGGCAUACACAUGUUGCUGAGGCUUUAAAAGUACCGCUACACAUAAUUUUUACUAUGCCAUGGACGCCUACAAGUGAAUUUCCACAUCCUCUUUCCCGUGUUAGGCAACAAGUUGCAUAUAAAUUAUCGUAUCAAAUAGUUGAUGCUCUAAUCUGGCUUGGAAUACGUGACAUGAUAAACGAGUUCAGAAGGAAAAAACUUAAGUUAAGGCGCGUGACAUAUUUAAGUGGGUCUUAUGGUUCUCAUCCAGAUACUCCUUAUGCAUAUAUUUGGAGUCCCCAUCUCGUGUCUAAACCAAAAGAUUGGGGACCAAAUAUCGAUGUUGUCGGGUUUUGUUUUCUGGACCUUGCUUCGAAUUAUGUGCCACCAGAUUCACUCAUGGAGUUCCUUAAUGAUGGUAAAGAGCCUAUUUACAUUGGAUUCGGUAGUCUAGUAAGUAUAAUCUUCUUGUUCUCUAGUCACUCAAAACAUGUUGUCUUCCUUUCCUCAGUGGCAGAGCCGAAAGACUUCAUUUAUUCACUGGAUAAUUGUCCGCACGAUUGGUUGUUUACUCGAUGUGCUGCUGUAGUUCAUCAUGGAGGAGCUGGAACAACGGCUGCCGGGCUUAAAGCUGCACAAUUUUGGGGGGAACGGGUGCACGCUCGUGGGGUGGGCCCCGCUCCAAUCCCGGUCGAUGAAUUUUGUCUCGAAAAAUUGGUUGCUGCAAUUCAUUUCAUGCUAGAUCCUAAGGUAAAAGAAGGAGCUAUAGAGAUUGCAAAAGCCAUGGAAAAUGAGGAUGGUGUAACAGGAGCUGUGCAAGCUUUUUACAAACAUUAUUCGAGUAGAAUUCUAAAAUCAGAAUAUGAGAAAUCACAUCGUUCUUCAAGGUUGUUUUCAUUGGGACGUUGUUUCGGUGUGUAGACAUUUUUCAUUUUAGACAAGGGAAUAUUUUCUCUUUUCUCUUAACAAACAAGGGCGCAACUGCUGAAUUCUGUGUUUUGGCAAUUUAUGAAUGAUUGGUUUUGAAUAA